AUGGAGCGAAUUGCGUAUGUGAGCUCGAGCAAGAAAACCCGAUACGGUCGCACUCGACGCGAGUACCGGGUCUUCUGGAAAGGCUACACCGAGCCGUCGUUGGUCGACGAGACCGACCCCAACUGUGGAGCGUUGCUAAGAGACUUCGAGCGGGGACGGACAGAUCGCAACCGCUUCGAGGCGAUGCAGUCGUAUGAGGAGUGA